GACAACUGUGAGAGAGCCUGGGCAAGGCCAUACCAGACGUGACGCCUCCAUCAUGAUGUGACCACCAGCCCUCUGCACCCUCUAGCAGCCCACCACCCCUUGGCCAUGGAACCCUGCGUCUCCCACCUCCCUUUGUCCACCGCUGCUCUUCCUACUUUCCCCCGGUACCGAGCCACCACCCACUAUCCCGGACCUCAGUGGUACCCACUAGCAUCUCGGUGUAACAGCAGCACCUUGCUGUCUAACUUGAGACAUUGCACUGGUGAAAAGGGGCCUGCAGAGAUCAUACCAGGACAUACUCUCGAUGUCCCAACAGGGGGGAGGCCAUACCGGAGUAUGGAAAACCUGAACUGGAACCCAGUUCUGGAUUCAGGUUUGUGCUCAUCCAGUGAGUUUAUUGUACGCUACACGGCCACCAGCCACUGGUACGACGGGCCCCCAGAUGGGUCCAAUUCGGAGAGCCUGGCAUAUUACCCCCAACAUAGUCCCCGCAGGAAGGAUGUGCCCAGUUUCCCGCAGUUGCUUUUCCCCACUGGAAUGGACGAAUGGGACGCCAGGAAAGGUCUAAGGGAAAAGCUUCGCCUACAAAGUGCACGGUCAGCAGUGGAGCCUUCAAAGACUCUACCACUGCGUACCACAGACCCCACACCUGUCGAACUGAACGCAGGGUGCCGGCCAGCGGGCGGUAUGCGUCUAACUUGCCCCCAGGAAAUUAAACAGGAAGUCCUGAGGAGACUUGAAUUGCGUCGGCAGAACAGCAGCCCCAACCUGGCUCUCCACGGGGCCCCACGCAGCCCGAGAGCACUUCCGGUGUCCCACAUCGUUUCCAGUGUCCCCGUUUUGGGCGGGGACAACGGACACCGGCAAAGCAUUUACAUGGGCCCCCUGUACAUCCCCACCUUUGAGGAGUUUAAAAGAAUGAGGAUGAAGGACCGGAACCAGCCACCCGCAGCAGGUUCUGAGGACUCGGGUCCUCCCGCUUGUAAGACCGAAACAGGUUCACCGAUCCGCACGGGCCCAUCUCCAAGGACCCCACUGCAAGCUUCAAAUCAGGGAGAAAGCGGUGAUAAUAGUCGGCGUAGGAGGUGCAGUCUGGAACCGGUCGGGUCGGUUCCCUUCCCAACAGGCAGGGACCUCAAAGGGCGACCAUCCAGUUGCUGCCCUGCGCUGCUACUGGAGGGAACGGACCUGUCCAGCUAUGGGGCCAAGAUCUACAAAAUGAAGGAUGGCCUCAUUGGCUCAGCUCUGGACCUCAUCAAGAAGAGCUGCAGUGCAGACAUCUCCUCCGAGGCUCCCGUCAGGCUGCCAGCUGAGCGGGACAGAGACGCCCCCCAACAGCCCCCCGCCGCCGUCACCAUGGCAACCGCGGCAGGAGCCGAGGCUGGCCACCAGACGCCCGCAGGAGAAGCAGAAGACGGCGGCCAAAGCGAGGAAGCGCGAGAAUGCCCGCCGGGCGCGUGCCGGCGUUCCAGCUCAGACGCGACGUACGAGCGAUCGCAGGUGGCUGCGGAGUGCCGCCUGCAAUCGUGCCACGGUGACCCCAUGCCGGCCGACGCGUCCAGUCGCAAACAGCCGGAGAUGAAGGCCAAGAUGCAGACCUCGCCACAUGGACGACAUCAUCGAAGGCAGAGAGACAGCGCUCCGGCAGCACUUCGCGGUCACUCGGAGCCUCCCAGAGAAGAGCGCCCGGUGGGUUUGAACGACCGGUCAGGCUCAGAUCGCCGGACGGGCCGCAGCCGUCAUCACCGCUGGAGCACCAUCAGCAGCCUGAGCGCAGACAGCGGCGUGGUCGGCCUCAGCGAGGAGGACGACAACGGCGCCGAACCCCGGCGGAGGCGACGCGGCGCCGAAGUGGAGCGGGCCGACAGCGGCAUCGGACCGGGCCUAUCCCGGGCCUGGAAGAGACUCCCGUUGUGCGCCGACUGCGGUCGGCGGGACGAGACCUCGGAGGGCCAAAGCGCGUGCGAGCGUUGCGCUAAACUGCGGGCCGAGCGGAAGGAAGCCGUGUUGGAGUUCCUGAAGACUGAGAGCAGCUACGGCGAGGACCUGAGGAUCAUCAAGGAGGAGUUCUAUGAGCCCAUGCGCGGCGCCAGCCUGCUGAGCUCCGAGCAGUUGGCCGUGGUCUUCGCCAACGUCCAGGAGCUGGGAGACGUUAAUGAGAGGUUCACGGAACAUCUGCACGACGCCAUUGAACACGCUCUGGACCAGGGAGACGAGGAUCUGCUGACGGUGUCCGUCGGUGAGAUCUUCCUGGAAUUUGUCAACAUGCUGCCGGCCUUCCAGACGUACUGCAUGCAGCAGUCGGCCUCCGUGAACAUGCUCAACGCGCUGGAGAAGGAGAAAGAACUGCUCAGGAUCUUCCUGGACGUCUCCCAGAACGACAACACGGCGCUGCGUCGCAUGAACCUGCGUUCCUUCCUCAUGGCGCCUCUUCAGCGGGUCACUAAGUACCCUCUUCUCCUCAGCCGCCUCCUCAAAAUUACCCCGGAGAAGCACCCCGAAUAUGGCCGACUCCGCGAAGCCAAGAGCCGCGUGGAGGCCCACCUGGAGCACAUCAACAACAAGACCAAGCAACAGGACGGCAACGGCGUGGCCUCCUGGUCCCUACGCUCCUUCCGCCGCGACAGCCGCAAAAACAGGGAGCCGGUGGACGCCGAAAUGCGGGAGGCGUCCAUGAGGACCCUGGGUUGGACCCGGGAGGACACCCGCUUCGUCAUGGAGGGCCCCUUGCAGCUCUCGCAGCCGGCCGACGGCCAGUGGGUGAAGAAAGGAAGCAAGGCGCUCAAGUUCCAAAACGUCCAGAGUCUCCUCAUGGUGAGGACGCGGCCCGGCGCCGAGCAGGCGUGCGAAGUGGGAGAAAGCGUCCAAGACGGAGUUCUGGUUCUGAUCAAAGACAAGAGCAGCGGCAAGUUCACCGUGAUGCGCGAGCCCAUCCGGCUGGCCAACUGCGUGGUGUCCAUGGACCCCGAAUCCCAGGAUACUUUUGAGGUUCUGGACAUCCGGCGGGAGUCGUUUGUUUUCCGGGCGGCGGACAAGUCUCGGACGCAGAACUGGUUCCACCAGAUGAAGAGGUACGCUCGGGACUUGGGAGCCUGGCGCAAGAGACGCAACGCUUUGCCCAACAUCAUGAUCAACACCAAUCAGAGUCGGUCCUGAGAGAACCGGGACCAAAGCGAGGCCUUUUCCGACAUAGAUGGAGCGCUCCAAAAACUGCAAUGUGACCCCCAUGCUGCUGCCUCGAACACACAAAAAAAACAAUGAAGACGUGCAACAAAUGGAAGAGCACUUUUGAGUUGUUUUGGUUUACAGAGCUAUGGAUCCAGAGUAUUACUGCCACAUUCAAAAGAAAAAAAAACUUGGGACAAAAAUUGUAUGCGAAUGAGAAUACGGAAAAUUCAUAUUUUGAGGGGGAAAAUUUUUCAAAUCUAUUGGCAUAUUUAAAAGAAAAUACCUUUUUUGAUGUCAGAUUAUUUACCGUUUUUUUCCAUGUAUAAUGCGCUCCCAUGUAUAAUACGCACCCUAAAAAUGGCAUGUUGAUGCUGGAAAAAAGCCUGUACCCAUGUAUAAUACGCACCCAAAUUUUGACUCCUACUUAAGUCCGUGAACGUAAAAUUAUUUCAGAAAAAAGAUCAUCUUUGGGAACAACCGGAUGUUAUUCUGCCGGUCAGUAUCACUGCGCAUGCGCUAGCAUACUCAAUAGCGAAGAAAUGUUUCGGAUUUGUGUAGGGUACAUUGUGACAGACAGCAAACGAGCAGGUGAUCUAGCAAGCGUCUGAUACGAGAGCAUUGUGUUCGUAUGGAGCGUGUUUGAAGUGAACAGCAGAGAAGAAAGCGCUUCUGUAAUGGCGGCCUCCGUAUGAUAUCCGGAGUUAAAAAAAACAAAAAAAAAAACUUUUUUUUGGUACCCAUGUAUAAUGAUUUUAGGACAAUAAAUUAGUUAAAUUUUGCGCAUUAUACAUGGAAAAUAACGGUAGACAUUUUCAGAUGUAUUAUUCAUAUAAUUUGUCUGAAAUCAAGUAUUCCAAUAUGUUUUCUUUUCAAAUAAUGACUCUUCACAUAAGAUUAGUCAAAUUAUUUUUUUCUUUCCAAUGUGGCUCUAAUAGGCUGACUCCCUGCUUGAUGCAAAUCAUAAUGCAGAGUGAUCAAAGAUUUGGAUGACCAAAAAAAAAAAAAGAAUUUAAUAUUUGUGCUGUGUAUCUGC